GACAUGUUCAGCUUCCUGGCGUCGCAGCACCGCGCCCUCCCCCAGGGACCCCCUCCCCGCGAGGAUGAGGAGGACGAGGUGCAGCUGAAGCCCACCCGUCGCGCCACCAGCCUGGAGCUGCCCAUGGCCAUGCGCUUCCGACACCUGAAGAGAACGGCCAAGGAGGCGGUGGGGGUCUAUCGUUCAGCCAUUCACGGGCGGGGCCUGUUCUGCAAGCGGAACAUCGAGGCCGGAGAGAUGGUGAUAGAAUAUUCCGGAAUCGUCGUGCGCUCCGUGCUGACCGACAAGCGGGAGAAGUUCUACGACAGCAAGGGCAUCGGCUGUUACAUGUUCCGCAUCGACGAGGCCGAGGUGGUGGACGCCACCAUGCACGGCAGCGCCGCGCGCUUCAUCAACCACUCGUGCGAGCCCAACUGCUACUCGCGCGUCAUCCACGUGGAGGGCCACAAACGCAUCGUCAUCUUCGCCCUGCGCCGCAUCCUGCGCGGCGAGGAGCUCACCUACGACUACAAGUUCCCCAUCGAGGAACCGGCGGCCAAGCUGCCCUGCAACUGCGGCGCCCGGCGGUGCCGGCGGUUCCUCAAUUGAAAACCGGGGUGGUUUUUUGGGGUUUUGGGGAGGUU